AGUACUAACGUCGGAAUAUCCUGUUGCAUGAUCGAUUGGUACCGUUUGCCAGCAAAGACAGUUCAGGACCUGAUUUUAAUCAUUGCCAUGUCGAAUAGUCCGGCCAAAAUUAGCGCCGGUAGAAUAGUUGAUUUAUCUUUGCUUACUUUUGGAAAUGUAAGUUUUCACAAAUAUUUCAAUUCAUCCGUUGACACUUAAAUAUUACACAAUAUUACUUUUGUAGGUUCUAAAGACAUCCUUCGCGUACUUGAAUUUCCUUCGAACUGCUGUUAUGUAA